AUGCAGCACCGCCGGACGAGGUCAGACGAGAGCGAACUGUGGGAGACGCAGUUUGCUUUCGAGAUGAGGCUGUCUGUGGGCCACAAGCGUAUGCGAGGACUACCGACAGAUAGACCGGCAAGCUAUCAUCACAGCAGCGUCGGCCAGUCUCACGCCGUGCCCUGCGCUCCUCAACGGCUCUCGUCCCUCUUUGUGCAUGAAGCCCAAAAUCUCCCGUCACCGCCCAGUCUGUCACCUUUUGCGCUCGACAAGGCACUUGAGGAGGUUCAGCGUCAGUCCCACGCAAGCGAUGAUCAGGAUCUGUUAGCAGCAUCACUCAUCUUCGGUCGUCGAGGCAGUGGACAGUCCAACCGGACAGAUGUCUCUGCCGCAUCUGGCAAGACGUUGUACCUCUCGCCCAACUGCUCGCCCAGCCAGUCUGUGAGAGCUCUCCUCAUCGAACUCGGCCUAGACAACGAAGCGCCCUCGCCUACCGCUUCCCAGUCGCCCAGUGACGAGGAUGAGGACUUGGGGGAGCCAGAGACAAAGAAGAAAGCAGAUGCGGCUGCCUACCCGCUGAGUGAGGAGCCCCAGCAGGCAGCUCACCGGUCUAUAGAAGAGAUCAGAGCAUGUUCUGCGCCUAUGCCGAUCAACCCGAGACGUUCUUCGCGUCUGACCCACUCGCCAGUGAGACCAACUGGCCGAGCGCGACAGUCCAUGCAACAGCACAGUAUACCCGCUCGCGCGUCAUCAUACGCCUACGAGGACGACUUUGCUCGUAUGGUCGAGGAGGCUUUCGAGUACACCGCGCUAGAAUCCUUUCCGGUCGACAAAGAACUGCAAGCGUCGCGCGAUCCCGCGCCAAGCUGGAGCAAGGCCAUUGCCGCUGCAUUCUUCCCACUCGCCUCAGCAGCUGCUCGGUCGACGUCAGAUUGCGAUCUGAUCGCGUCCUUCAGGCAGCACCAAGAACAACAGGCACGAACACACGCACGCCGAACUGCCACGCCACCGAGAACUCACGAGAGCUCUCCUACUCGGCCACCUGCUCGUCGUGGGACGAGUGUGCUCCGGAAUGCUUCCUGGUGGGGACUAGCUCGAGAUAAUCUGUCAAAUCGAGUUGUGGCCGAUGUGGAAGAUGCUCAAGACUCCCCUUGGGCUGAGCUGCUCCAUACAUUGUCAACACUCCGGAACGAAGCCGGACUCUCUUCACCCGGGACGACGCCAUAUGGCGUAUCGCUCCUGGCAUUAGCAAGCGCGCUGUCCCGAGGCUACGUCUUUGACGGCUUCGAGGGCUUGACUGACAGCACAACGGAAUCAGUCGCAGAAGGAGACGUGUUGCGCAAGCUACGCGUGCUAGGCACUGAGCUCAUCUCUUGUCUGGACAACGUCCGCCGCUCAGCAGGUCAGGUCGAUCAGAUGCAGACGCCAUGGCCACAAUUGUACCGCGAGAUGCUUGUCUUCGAUACGACAUACACACACUUCUGCCAACUACUCGUCGCCACACACGUCGAAGCGCGAGAGGCGAGGAAGAACCGCCGAACGUAUUUGCGCGACGCUCGGAUGCGCCAGCUAAUGACAUCGCUAGGUCUCGAGCCUGAUCUCAGUCUAGCGAGUCCAAUGUCAACGAGCGACGUCGUCAAAUUUGCAAUCGAGAAAGCCAUUGAUGACGAUCUGCUGACGACAGAUUCGAUGCUCGCAAUGGAUCCCAAGGUCUUUGUUGUCGUCCCUCGCCUAUCUCUGCUAUAUGGGAUUACGACAGCCAGUCUUCCGACCCAGUGGACGCUGCUGGACGACUUGACUAGCGAGAUCGGCGACGCAGAGUUGGCCUCGCUGUUCUGGAGCGAGGUACCUGCGGCAAUAUUCCUUCCUCGCGUUUGUCGAGCUAUGACAAACGAUGCGAUUCGACAAGUCGGCUCCCUGUCGCCAGACGACACUGUCUUGCUGGCUCGCAUGCUUGCCGGACACUCACCUGACGAUGCAAAAGAUCCUAAUGAUACCCUCUUCAUAUCAGCACGACAGACCGUACCACCUCAUCUCAUAACACUAUUCAAGACGCUCGCUGGUGUAGCCGAUGCAGGCAGUCAAUCAGGCAGAGGCGUUCGAGCUUGGGCCCGCGUCAUGUCCAAAGCGCUCAAGUCUUUCGCAACCAACAACGCCUCUAACGGCCGAGAAGAUCUUGCGCUUGACGCUAUCGCCCUUGCUGCCGAACUCUUGCACAUCGACAUCAAGAUGCGCAACUCGCUCGUUGUCAGCUUCUUGCUCGCACUCGUCUCGCCCAGCCAAAUCUUUCAGAUUCAGUCGACCGGCUCUGUUCUGCUCGAACGCACUGGGCCUGUAUUGGCAAGCCAUCGGUCAAGAUCGAGCCACACCAUCUUACCUCGCAAUUCUACGGCAAGCAACACGAACGCACCCGGGGAAACCGAACGAAUCGAUGAGCGCGCCCUCGACAGUGUCGAUGAGCUGCUGAACGACGACUUUGACGACGGCGAAGCGAGUGAAUGGAUGCCGAUCAAGCUGAACAAUGCCAGCUUACCCUCAUCUAGCGAGCCAGUCGCUCGAAGCUCGGCUCUCAGACGCAGCCUCUCACGUUUCACCUCUGUCAUUACUUGGUAUUCAGGACACGAUCUUCUCUAUCCCGCUUGUCAGCGUCACUCGCGAUGGAAUCCGACCGACAACAGUAUGAUCGCAGCCGUCACCCUCAUUUGGUCAGAGAAGCCAGCCUGCGGUACUUAUCUGCAGCUUCGUCCCAAAGGCAGCAAAAAGUCCAUCGUUGUACGCACCGUCGACUACUGCGCAGGCUGCAUUCCUGGCGUCCCGGCAGUCGAUCUCACAAAGAGCGCCUUUAGCAAGCUUGCAAAUCUCAACAGAGGACGGAUUCACGACAUCGAGACGCGUAGCCUUGGUCCGAACUAUGUCAAGAAGUACAACCGCAAGAUGAUCGCGCUUUAUGGACCCAAGCAACUCUGA